UGACGGAGACGCGCAUCAGCUGUGCUGUGUGGUGUCGCUGUUUGUGUUCCUCCUCAGCAUCAGCACCAGCACCACACCCUCCUCACUCCUCACUCACAGUGCCGCAACAGCAGCAGCAGCAGCAGCAGCAUGAUGCGAGUCGCCCUGCUAGUGUUGGCUCUCACAGCAGUCUGCCAUGGCAUCCUCCCUGAGAUAGUGGACUCAGGCAUCAGUCACAUCCUGGAGGAGGACUCCUUCCCGGGACAAACGGAGCCGGACCGGGUGUUUGUGGAAGUGGAGCAGCUGCAGGAGGAUCCGCAGCAGAAGCAGCCUGAGGAUGCGUCUCACCAAAGGAACAACGAGAGUCUCAGCCCUCAUCCCAACAACCUUCCUUCAAGUCACCACAAUGAAACUGCUUCUUCUGAUAAAGUGAUUGAUAACGAAUCAGUCCACACCUCAGUAGAACAGGAGACAAACAACAUUACCACAGCCGACCAGUCAAGUGACCUGGGGAACAAUAUCGUUCAUGGAUGCAUCGCUGAUGGAGACUGUGGGAAGGGAAGUUAUUGCCUUUAUGACAAGUGUCUGCCUUGCAAAGCAAUCGAUAUGACCUGCACUAAGGAUAAGGAGUGCUGUGGUGAACAGCUGUGUGUUUGGGGUCAGUGCAGUCUAAAUGCAACAAAAGGAGAGGCUGGCAGCACUUGUCAACACCAGACUGACUGCAGCCCGGACCUCUGCUGUCUCCUCCAUAAAGCGCUGCUCUUCCCCGUCUGCUCGGCCAAGCCCAUUGAGCGUGAGCGCUGCUUCGGUGCCUCCAACCACCUGUUGGAGCUGUUGUCCUGGGACAUUCAGGACCAGGGACCCAGGAAACAUUGUCCCUGUGCAGGAGAUCUCCACUGCCAGCACCUGGGGCGAGGGUCCAUGUGCCUUAAAGGAGAGGACUCGAGUGAAGAGGACCUGACAGACAGUCUGUACUCAGAGAUAGACUAUAUAAUCUAGCUUGAUUUUCACAACUAGACAGCGGUCUCCACUGACUCCAGAGCUUUGUUGCAAAGAGCCAUAGCACUUUCUGUUAGCCAGCUAAUCCAAAGUGGUAAAGCUACACAGCAUGGAAAAUUAAAGACAAUAUAUGUAUUUUAUUUGCUGUAAUUGAGACCUGAGGUGAAAAUGUAGAUCUAAAAGUCACUAACCAAAAACAGGAAACACUAUAUUUGCAAAGUCCUGUGUUGAUACUAAAUAACACUAUUUGCUGCAUCUUUAUAUUGUAUUUUAACUCUUAUCCAAAGCUAAUCCCAGCCAUACAAUGAACCGUAACACACAGAAUACAACUCUGGACACAGAAUAUCUGCUGAAUAGUCACCUCACUGUUUAAACUUGUCACAUACAUCAUCAGCUGAUACCACGUUGAGUAGCAGCACUGCAUCCUCCUGAUGAAGUAAGACCAAAGUAGAACAAUGUUACCACCCAGUUUGCAGUCCCACUGCAUUUACUGUGCACAAGGAAGACAAAGAAACCAGAUACAAUCAUGCUUUAUGUACUGCAUGAUCAAUAAAACAGUGUCCCAGUAGCAGGCAAUAAUAAAUUAUGUUUGGGCUUCCAAGCAGUGUUGCCAGAUUGGGCUGGUUUCUGCCCAGUUGGGCUACUUUCGAUUAAAUUGGGCGAGAAAAAUAGCUUUGGACUGGUAGAUGAAAUUUGGGCUGCUUGGUCCACAUUUGGCGAGGUUUUGAAAAUAUUGUGAAACCAAUAAUACCAAAGAGAAGCUGUCAUUUUAUGGUCAAAACAGAUACACAAUUCUUUGGUGUUGUUCCACUCAUAUUAUUGACUCAUUUAAUUUGGGAAAUAUUUGAUUGACAUGAAUUGUAUUCAAUCGUUGUUAGGGAUAAGGGAGGACCUACUUACCUUGACGUCAUCAUCAUUGUCAUGGGAAUUUGUGUAUUUGUUUUUCUGACUGCACUCUUUGUUGGUUGCAAUAGCCUAUAACAUUUUGCUUAUUUGAUGCAGAUAUGAAGCUUUCUAUGCUUAUAAUGUGUUUUCUAUUGUGCAUGUAAUGGUUUUACGCUUUUUACACAGGUUUAUGAUUUGGGCUGGUUUUUAUUGAAAUGGUUUUAAGUUGUGAUUGGGCUGGAAACUGUCAAUCUGAUCUGGCAACACUGUUUCCAAGACUCCCCUAAACAUUACACCUAUAUUAAUCUACAGGAAACAUGAGAUGUUAGCAGACUCUGUUGCCAUCUCGGAAGCUAAUUUGCAUCCUUAUAUAUAAAUAGUCUGAUAAAACCUCAGUUUGUUUAAGAGUAAAUCUAACUUUAGCUGCUUAAACAUAAAGUUGUUUGUAACAAAGCUUUUUUUUCCCUCCCAUCUUCACUUUCCAUCUUUAGAAAAUGUUUUGGGAACCAUGCUGCUUGAUCCCAGCGAUAUAGAUUAACUGCUGCUUUGUUCUUUGCCAAGAUCUCAACAUUUUUAUGUCAGAGAUGACAUGUUAUUAUAUGCACGACUAGAAGAAACACUGUCCAACAUGCCAUCUUGUGAUUUAUCUAUAUUGUUUGUAUGUAUAUAUAUUUAUUAUGUAAUGUGCUGUUUCUUUUAUAUAUGUACUUCUGUAUCACUUUAUUUCAAUUGUCCUUGUCUUUCAAGCAGUAUCUUGUAUCCAGCAGCGUGUCAACAGUACACUUUAAAUUCUUCUAUUGUUUAUACACCAUCAGAAGACUUGGACCUUGUUUGAAAAUUGUCCUGUAUCAGCAUCUAUACUUGAUAUGGUGCAACUAUAUAACAUUUAUAGUUCUAGUAUAACCAUAAAGAUUUCUGCUUGGAGUUAAUCAUUUGAUGUUUUGUCCACAAACUUCAAGGCUUUUUUUCUUUUUUAAAUCCUCUUCUAUUCAAAACAGUUAAUAUUUAAUGGAAAAAGGAAUUACUAUUCCUUUACCUUAAACUUUGUUCUAAUUCAAGAGCAAGUUUUGAUUCGUCAAGGAGCUGUUGUUGACGCUACACCUGCAUCUCCAGCUUCUGUUGCACACCUCUGUGAUCCCAGACGUGCCAUUAGUCCCCAACACCUCAUGCUUGUAUGUGCGCUGUGUCUUCCAUGUACAGCAAUGUGACUCAUCAUGUCAACAUCCCGGCAGGAAGGUGUGAUAUAAAUGCAAGCAAUACCUGAUGUAUGUGUGAAUAUAGCUUUUGUACUAGCAACUUGUGCUGGAUGUUAAAGUAAUAAUCUCGAAGAUUUUCAUUUAAAUAACAGUCCGUUAAGUCACUAUCUAUCGCCGAAUGAGGUAACACAGCUGUGACUGAGCCCACUGAUGAAAGCCCUUGCAUUUGCAGUAUUAGAAACUGAGUGUCUGUGGCGACAUUCCUGGGGAAAAAAAUAAAUAAUCACAAGCAGUGCUCUCUUGGAACCGAUCCCAAUACACACCUGCAAUUACCACUUAGCGCCAUAGGUGCCGCCAAAAGAGAACGAAACGGAGAUCUUCGAGAUUGUAACUUACAUACAGCUACAAAUGUCAAAUAUAAGCUCUGCACUGUUCUCAAGCACUUGAAACCUGACAUGCAGCUUGUAAAAUUCUUGCCUUUAGAAAAAUAAA